UGCGUCUCUGCGCUCCUCUCUUUCCCCUCAACACCAGACACAUCCAGACCACAGACAUGGCUCCAUAAGGGUGCACAUGGCGGCUAGCAGCCAUGAACCAAAAAACAACUCACCAAAAACUACAGAUGCAUCUCCGAUUUGAUUGAUUUUCGAUUGAUCAACUUCCACCUCCGCCGCAAUAUUCUUCAGUCCGGUUUUCAGCAUUCGGGAGAGGCUGCUUGCUUGCAACUCUCUCUCUCUGUCUCCAUUUCCUCCAGACAAUUUUACGUUCUUAUUCAACCCGAAAUAACCGUAGAUAUCAUAUUGUACAACAACAGUCAUGGGUGUCCAGGGUUUCCAGGAAUACAUUGAGAAGCAUUGUCCCAACGCCGUGGUGCCGGUGGAGCUCCAGAAGCUCGCCCGCGGGAGUCUGGUCGGCGGCGGCCGGCAGAGACCCCCUCAAAUUCCGCUCCGGCUGCUAGUGGACGCCGAUAACUGCCUGCACCGGCUCUACGGCGGCUUCUACACCGACUGGGUGAGCGGAGGCCAGUGGAACCACAUGCUCGGGUACCUCGCCGCCCUCGCCAAAACCUGUUUCAACGGCAACAUCGAGCUGCUAGUGUGCUUCAAUGGCGCCCUGGAGAAAGGCCGUCUCCACGAGUGGGUCAAGCGACAGGUGAACGAGAGGCAGACCGCCCAGCAGAUCGUCAGCCACGUCCAGAACAAGGGAACCCCGCCGCCCAAGGUCUGGUUCCUGCCCCCGGUGUGUAUGGCCCACUGCAUCCGCCUGGCGCUCCUCAGGUUCCACAUCGGGGUUGUCCAGACCAUCGAGGAUCAUCACCAGGAAGUGAUUGCCUUAUUUAGGGAAAAUGGGUUCCAUGGCCUGGUUGCCUAUGAUUCUGAUUAUGCCCUGUGCAACAUCCCAUACUACUUCAGUGCCCAUGCUCUCAAACUCAGCCGCAAUGGCAAAAGCCUCACCACCAGCCAAUACCUGAUGCACGAAGUUGCCAAGCAACUUAAUCUCAAUCCAAAUCGUUUUGUCAUUUUUGCUUCACUUUUAGGGAAUCACAUACUGCCUGAUGAAGACUUGGCUGCCUUUCACUGGAGUUUACUUGGCCCUGAGCAUCCUUUAGCAUCCUUGAAGGUCCGUGCCCACCAACUUGUUCUUCCUCCAUGUGAUGUCGUCAUAAGAGCCGUGGCAGACUAUGUCCGCAACCUUCAAGAUAUCCAUGACCUGGAAGCUAUUGCAAAAGACAUAUUCAAGCACUCCCAGUCUCGAACUGAUGACAAAGUUGUCCGUUUCAAAAAAGCAGUGGAGUAUUAUGCCACCGCCAGCAAGCCCCUUCACUUCCCCCAUUUAGUCAGACCAAAUCAGAUGGGAUUGCCAGCAGCACCGCAGAUGCUUAACAUUCCAGGCAAUAUUCUCAAAUGUAGCCAUGUAAGUGACCAUAAGGGAUGGGACAAACAGAGAAACCAGAUGGAUAACAUCCCAGAAGGAGACCAUGGAGACCAAAAUAAAUCUGAUCCUUCUGUGACCUCCCCUGUAAACCAAGGCCUGGAGGGCAGAGGUCACGUAGGGGUCAAUGCCCAUAUUCCAUCCCUCCUUUCUAUGCCAACAAGAAAUCACAUGGAUAUUACCACUCCUCCUUUACCAGUGGUGGCACCAGAGGUGUUACGAGUCGCUGAGCACAGACACAAAAAGGGCCUCAUGUACCCAUACAUUUACCAUGUUCUUACCAAGGGUGAGAUAAAGUUAUCUGUCACCAUAGAGGAUGAAGCAAACAAAGACCUGCCCUCUGCAGUGCAGCUGUACCGGCCAAUCCGUCAAUAUGUUUACGGGGUGCUCUUCAGCCUGGCCGAGGCCAAAAAGAAGGCAGAGAGACUCGCCAUGAGGAGAAAUCACCUCCCUGAUUAUCCAACAGUGAUAAUAAAAGAAUGGGCUGCAUACAAAGGCAAAUCUCCACACACCCCUGAACUAGUUGAAGCUCUUCCCUUCCGGGAGUGGACCUGCCCAAACCUGAAGAAACUCUGGCUGGGCAAGGCAGUGGAGGACAAGAACUGGAGGAUGAGGGCUUUCUUGGCCUGCAUGAGGUCGGACACUCCAGCUAUGCUGAACCCUGCCAAUGUCCCCACACCUCUCAUGGUGCUGUGUUGCGUGCUACGAUUGAUAACCUGGAUCCACGCGGAGUUCAGCUGGCUGCUCUUUUUAUGUAUCAUGUUUAUAAUCUUAAAAUACAUAUAUAUUUUACUGUUAGUAAUACUUGGCCAUACUGGAUUCUAA